GCGCAUGCGCGGCUCCCGGAGAGCGCAGCGCGGCAAUCGGCAGUGCGCUUUGUCCCUCGACAGCGGAUCACCGAUCCACGGAAAGAGCCGAAGAUGUCGGCUCGGUCAUGUGAUCAGCUGUGUCCAAUCACAGCUGAUCACAUGGGACAUGUACACUGAUCAUCAGGGCACUGAUGAUCAGUGUGCCCUGAUGAUCUGUGUAGCCCCAUCAGCGCCACCUGUCAGUGUCCAUCAGUGCCAGCUCUCAGUGCUCAUCCAUGCCACCUGCCAGUGCCCAUCAGUGCCACAUUUCAGUGCGCAUCAAUGCCACAGCAAUGCCAUAUAUCAGUGCCCAUCUGAGCUGCCUUUCAGUAUCACCCAUCAGUGCCAGUCAGUGCCACCUAUCAGUGCUGCUAAUCAGUGCCACCUAUCAGUGCCAGUCAGUGCCGCCUAUCAGUGCCAGUCAGUGCCACCCAUUAGUGUGCAUCAGUGCUGCCUAUCAGGGCCCGUCAGUGCCACCUAACAGUGCCAGUCAGUGCCGUCUAUCAGUGCCAGUCAGUGCCGCCUAUCAGUGCCACCUAUCAGUUCCAUAUAUGAGUGCUGCCUUUCAGUGCCCAUCAGUGAUGCCUGUCAAUACCCAUCAGUGCCACCUACCAGUGCCUCCUCAUCAGUGCCCAUCAGUGCCACCUAUCAGUG